UGGAGAUCGUGCGCAGAUACGAGACAACCAACAAAAGCAGCACUCGACAACGACAACCACAGCAGCCUGUGGCUGUCAGAGAGACUCACAUCAAUCCGGCUGGCUCACAUCUACACAAGCGUGUGAGGGUGAACGAACACAGCCACACCCACACCCACACCCACACCCACACGUACACCCCACACAGCAAGCAACCACGCACAUACUCACACUCGCUCACAGUUCCAAAGAAGACACAUACCACAACACCACAACACAAAGAGGCAAAGAUGUACAACGGAGUUGGCUUGACCACGCCGCGUGGCAGUGGCACCAACGGGUAUGUGCAGCGGAACAUGUCCAUGAUCCGUCGCUCACGGCCACAGCAGCAACAGCAACAACAGCAACAACACCAGCCUGGUGGCCCACCACACGCCAUCCCAACAGCGCUCACACGCGCGCCUGAUCAGGGGAUCCUCGACCACUACCGUCGCCGCGAGAUUGAACUCAAGUGCGCAGAGCUGGAGGAUUCCAUGACGGAGCAAGGCUGCACAGAGGACGAGAUUGAGGCAAAGGUUGACGAGUAUCGUGCACAGCUCCUCGAGAAGUUCCAUGCCGCCAACAUCCAGAAGCACGGAAAGCAUAUGGGCACCCAUGAAGAGGCGGCUGCCAACCAGGUGAAGAACGAGCGCCUCAAGUCUGCCUUUGGCAUCGCCUCCGAUUUCCAACACGGCGAAUCCUUCAACGAGGACAUGCAGAAGCAGCGCCGCGAAGAGCGCCGUGCCGCGCGACAGGCGCGCUAUGAGCAGCGCAAGGCCGAGCGCGAGCAGCGGGCCCGCGAGCGUGAGGAGCGCUCUCAUCGCCGCUACCGUCGCCACAGCCGCAGCAGGAGCCGCAGCAGGAGCCGGAGCCGCACGCCCCCGCGCCACCGCCGCCGCCACCGCCGUGACAGCCGGGAUGAGCGCGAUGAGCGCGAUGAGCGGCGCCGGAGCGACGACCGCCGUGGAGAACGCGAGCAUGGCGGCGCACAUGAUGAUGCACGUGUCACGCGUGACGCUGAGGAGGUGCGCACGAGCCCGCGCCCUGCCCGUGACGGUGGCGAUGCUGAUGCUGAUGCUGAUGCUGAUGCCGCCCGUGAUGGCGGUGACGCCCGCGCAGAUGUGGGCGGAAGUGAAGAGCGACGCGGUGGUCGCCAGCGGUCAGGCAGCCGCCGCCACAGCCGCGACGUGAGGGAAGACAGCGCUGAGAAACACCGCCGCCGUCGCCGUCGUCACAGCAGUGGCAGCAGCAGCAGUGGCAGCUCGUCAUCGUCGUCGUCGAGUGGGUCUGAUUCCGAUUCGGGCUCAAGCUCAUCCAGCAGCAGCAGUGGCAGCGAUGACAGCCGUCGCCGUCGCCGUCGCCACCGCCGCCACUCCGCGUCCCCACGCCGCUAAUUGUCGCGCUGGGUGUGUGUGUGUGUGUCUGUGUGUGUCUGUGUGUCUGUGUGUCUGUGUGUCUGUGUGUGUGUCUGUGUGUGUAUCUGUCUGUCUAUCUUUGCCUGCGUCUAUCUGUGUCUGAGCCCUUGUGGUCUGCGUUGCCCCUUCGAUAGCCCUGUCUUCUGCUCCCCACCCCCCCCCCUCUCUCUCUCGAACAGUGUGCUUUUCUCUUGUUCCUUUUCAAGAACUAUGGUUGGUUUUCAAUAACGAAAGACGAUUGUGUGCGAGCAACAACAGUAAAAGCGCGAACUUUUCA